AUGCGGACAGGGUGGUGGCCUGGAAGGUAUCGGGUGGAGAGAGAGGUGAUGGAUGAGGAGGCUCUGGAGGAAAAGAGUCAGAGAAUAGACUACUCACACUCUCAGCCCAAACUCACUCAACGACUGAGAAACUCUCUCACCUGUUCAGCAACUAAAUUAAAGCGACGUGUGGUUGGCUUUUUUCCUUUAAUUUCCUGGUUGCGUAAAUAUUCCAUCCGGGAUUAUGGGAUGCCUGACCUCAUCUCGGGAAUCAGUGUUGGAAUAAUGCAUCUUCCACAAGGAAUGGCGUACUCGUUGCUGGCGUCUUUGCCUCCGGUGUUUGGCCUUUACUCCUCCCUGUACCCUGCAGUGGUUUACUUCUUCUUUGGCACGUCCAGACACAUCUCCAUAGGUACUUUUACAGUUCUCAGUAUAAUGGUGGGCAGUGUAACUGAGCGACUGGCCCCAGACGAUCAUUUCCUCAUUAAAAACAUGACUGACAACAGCUCUGAGAUCGACAUCAGCGCCAGAGACUUUGAAAGGGUUAAGAUUGCUGCUGCCACUACUGUACUGGGAGGAGUCAUACAGAUGGCGCUGGGUUUGUUACAGUUUGGCUUUGUGGGGACCUACCUGUCUGAGCCGUUGGUCAGGGCCUACACUACAGGAGCGGCCUGCCAUGCUGUGGUCGCACAACUCAAAUACAUCUUUGGUGUGUCACCCACACGCCACAACGGUCCUCUGUCUCUGAUCUAUACACUCGUAGAGGUGUGUGCGAUGCUACCUGAGACUCACCUGGCCACUCUGUGUGUCAGUGCUGUGUCUCUGCUGGUUCUCAUCGUGGCAAAGGAACUCAACAACCGAUUCAGACACAAACUGCCCUUACCUGUGCCUGUGGAGCUCAUCACGAUUGUAGUGGCUACGCUGGUCUCGUACUAUGCCAAUCUGAACAGCACCUAUGAGGUCUCAGUGGUCGGGGAGAUCCCCAGUGGACUCAGCCCCCCUGGCCUGCCUGACGUCAGUAUAUUUGAAAAGGUGAUUGUGGAUGCCUUUGCCCUGGCCAUAGUGGGCUAUGCAAUCUCCAUCUCUCUGGGCAAGACCUUUGCUCUCAAACACGGCUACAAGGUGGACAACAGCCAGGAACUGCUGGCCUUGGGGCUCAGUAAUGCAGUGGGAGGUUGUUUUCAGUGUUACUCUGUAUGUGCCUCCAUGUCGCGCAGUCUGGUCCAGGAAAGUGCAGGAGGCAAGACCCAGAUGGCUGGUGUGGCCUCAGCUGUAAUAGUAUUAGUGACUAUACUGAAGUUAGGUCCUCUCUUUCAGGACCUGCCCAAGGCAGUUCUGGCGGCUAUAGUGUUUGUGAAUCUGAAGGGAAUGUUCAAACAGUAUUCUGACAUCUGCACCCUAUGGAGGACCAGUAAAAUUGACCUGGCGGUGUGGCUGGUGACGUGGGUGUCCACGCUGUUGUUUAAUAUGGAUAUGGGUCUGGGAGCCUCCGUCACAUUCGCUCUACUCACCGUCAUCUUCAGAACCCAACGGCCCAGGUAUUCGAUAUUAGGGCAUCUCCCAGGCACCGAGCUGUACUUAGACAUGGAGACACACAAAGAGGUGAGGGAGGUUCCAGGCAUCACUAUCUUCCGUUGCUCCGCGACAGUUUACUUUGCUAACGCUGAACUUUACCUGGAUGCUCUCAAACAGAAGAGCGGUCUGGAUAUCACCAAGAUGUUGAUGUAUAAGCGGCGUCAGGAGGCCAAACAGAGACGCAGAGAGAAGAGAGCAGAGAGGAGGGCCAGGAGAGAGGCCAAGAGACAGAAUCGGGCACUGAGAGCCGCGUCACAGAGGGGGGCGGUGUUUUCAGUGGAGGAGGAGGCGGGGCAGUGGAGACGGUCCAGUCAGGAGAGGGCGGGGCAUGGGGAGGAGCCAGCAUGGCGAGAACGGGAGAACAACACCGUGUUCGUGAUGCCCGAAACUCCACGGGCACCCGACGGCCAGCAGUGCACUUGGGUUUACCUGAAGGGCACCGACCCCGACAGCGCCACCUUGGGGUCGGCGUCUGAAGAGCUGGACGGGGACACAACCACGCUGGGCUCCAGCAGCAACGACACGCCCAGUCACGACCUGGAGGGGGUCUCCCUGGGAUCACUGGGAAAAUGGACCUGGGACAUUCACUCCAUCGUCCUGGAUCUCUCUCCCGCCAACUUCGUCGACACGGUCGCCAUCAAGACCCUGAGAAACAUUUUUCGCGAUUUCGGAGAGAUUGACAUCGACAUCUACCUAGCAGGCUGUCAGGCGGCAGUGGUGGAGCAGUUGGAGUUGGGAGGGUUUUUCUCUGACGCCAUCAGUAAAGGACGAGUGUUUGCCACCGUUCACGAUGCCGUGCUUUACUGUCUCAACCACAGAGGAGCUUCAAGUACAGUUACAAUGCCCAACUAUGAGAGUACACCGGUAGGCUGUACA